GAAAGGAGGACGAGAUUUGCUCGAUAUACGAGUCACGUGGGUGGAAUCUUACGCCGAGCCCUCAUUCUGCCCUAUCGCAGACCAUGCUAGAGUCCCGCUGAUGGGCAACACGCACUCGAUCAGGUGCGCGCCAUUCGGAGCCUACGUGUUCUGGCAUAAGAAUGCCUGUUCAACUCGACAGGAUGAUACCUCUUUCGUCUGAUGGGGCGGACUCUUGUCUCCAGCUCUGUCAACGUACCGACUCGAUGUAGUACAAAAGGCAAGUGCAAGUCCGUCUCUCACCGAGCUUCUGCCUUCGACACAGCCAGGCACACUCUGUCAAAGACUUGAUCCCCAAACCACUCCUUGUGAUACUUCCUCAGCCCCUAACCACUGAGAAUGGGGUCCAAGCCCCGUUUCACUAUUCCUCCUGAGUAUCAGGAUCAGCUCCGUGUCGUUGAGAAUCCCGACAGCCGCUCAGAUGACGAGAUCCUGCACUCUUUGCAGCAGCAUGCCCCAGUGACAUCCGAGAAGAAUGUCUGGGGGUUCUGGGACAGGGGUGUCGAAAGAAUGCCGGGCUGGUGCCAAGGGCGCAACGUUUGUGACUGGGUGCGCAUAAGUGGUCCUUCAUGGACCGUUCGCAUUCUGGACGCAGUACCUGACUCGCCAAAUUAUGCUCUCAAGUUCGUGUCUCCUGAUCUUCUGCCACAGACGUUCGUCAACGGCACCAUGACUGGGGAGUACGUCGGCCCUCAUAGCUGCGACUUCCUUCGAGGAGCUUGCUUGUGGACUCACGGGGGAGUGUUCAUGGAUGUUGGUAACAUCUUGUUCCGCAAUUUCGACAGAGUCUGUUGGAACCAGCUUGCGGACCUAGAAUCGCCUUACGAGGUGUGCACCGCUCUUAUGUACGGAACCGUCAUGGCAAAUCAUUUCGUGGCAAGCCGAAAGGGCAACGAAUUCAUCAAGCGUUGGCACGAUCUUUUCGUCCAUCUUUGGCAGGAUCGAACCAAUCAUGACAAGAUCAUCGAGAACCCUUUGGUCGCUUUCGCUCUGCAACUCUCUUUCAAGGAAUCCCAAGAUGCAGACUUCAAGUGGGACUUCAAAGUUGAGCCGGUGGUCGUUAUGAACUACAUUGCCCAAGUCUUGGCCUGGAUCAGGCUUUGUAUGUUGGAGGACGCCGGAGAUGGGUUUUCUGGAGUCGACUAUUGGAUGAAGCACGUCCUCCUCUUUGACUCUCUGCAGGAAUCAUGGGGUGCUGAAGCGACUGCCGGCUUUGGCGGACCAAAACUGUUCAAUGCACUGGCGACAAAACUGGACGCUCCCGAGGACUCUGAGGAAUACAAGACAGGGUACAACUUGGUCUGGCGUCUCUUUUCGGCAUCGACCUUGCAGAAGAUCACCCAUGGUAAGAACUUGACUGCCACCCCAUCAGCGGGCGUGUUAUGGGAAGAGACCGGCAACGAAAACAAGGAUCAUGAGCCUGGAACAUUUGCCGAAUUGAUGAGGUAUGGCUGUACUCACUUUGAGCAGACUAGAGAAAGUGUCAAGUAUGUGCAAGCAAAAAGGCCGGAGAUGACCUUGAAGAAGGGCUUGCUUGAACCAUAGUGCCGAGAGGUUAGGAGUCGCUAGAGGGGUCUUCGAGCAGCUCCUGUCUUACUUUCAUGCGAUGCUGAGCCGGAGAAGUACAAGAAAGAGUAGAAUAGAUCCGCUUCCUCUCUUUACCUGCGAUGCAGGCAUUGAAC